AUGCGCGCCGCAGAGCACUUGCUGGCCAGCGGCAGGGAGGGCGACUUUGAGGCCCUGCUCCAGGAGGCGGUGGAGCGGGAGCAGCAGAGGUCGCAGGGUCCCCCAGACGUUUUCAACCAGAUUCAGGCGCUGUGCAGCCUGGCCGAGCUCAAAGUGCAACAGGCCGCCGCCGAGCGCGACCGGGGGCAGCGCGUAAUUUUGCUCAGCAACAGCACGAAGCUGUGCCACCGAGCGCAGUACCUGAACAUGGAGGAGCAGCUUCCGGAGCUGGUACUGGGUGCAGUGGCCCUGGCCAAGAACGAAGCCAUGGUCGCAAGGAAGGCGUUUGAAAAGGCCAUGCGCAUGCGGUGCAAUGGCAGGCCCAGCAUUGCGCCGCACCUGGCACUGGCAAACCUGCACUUCAACCAGCGCAACUACACUGACGCUCUGCGGCUGUACAAGCAGGCGCUGCGCAGCUGCCCCAGCUGCCCGCCCGAGGUGCGGCUGGGCAUUGCAGCAUGCUGCCUAAAGAUGGGCAACACUGAUAAGGCGGAGCUGGCGUACAAGCGCACGCUGGAGCUAGCGCCAGACUGCACGCCCGCGCUGCUGGGCCUGGCGGUGCUGAAGCUACACAUCAGCAGUGAGGAGGAGGCGUUUGAGCAGGACCCCGACAACCCCUUUGUGCUGCUCCUGCUGGCGCACUUCUGCCUGCGGCAAGGCUUUUCGGACAAGGCCUUUCAGCUGGACCCCAAGCUGCCACUGCCUAAGUUGGGCCUGGCGCAAAUGAGGGUGAUGAACAACGAACCUCAAGAAGCGGCAUCGAUCUUAGAGAGCGUGCUGAUUGAUGCGCCUCAGUGGAUUGAUGCACUGGAGGUGCUGGGCCGUGUCUACCCCAAGACGACCUCGAAGAGCAAGGUGGUGCCCCAAUUCAAGGAGGCGGCGGCGCUGCGCCCCAAGAAUGUCGGGCUGUGGGAGCUGCUCGGGGACCUGCUGGCCUCACUGGAGCCGGCAGGUGCACUCAAGGCUUAUGACAAGGCCAUCGAGCUGCGCCGUGCAGCAGCACAGGCGGAUGGCGUCGGCAGCAGCCACCUGCCCCCGCGGCUGCUCAACAAUGCGGCGGUGCUCCACCUGCGCGCUGGCAAUACGGAUGUGUCAUACAGCCUCAUGACACAGGCCAUGCAGUCGGCGGCACGUCCGGGGUCAACUGGAGUCAACGCCUUGGUGCAGGUGACCCUGGGCUACAACCUGGCGCGCGUAAAGGAGGCAUGUGGAAGCCUCAAGGCAGCCGAAGUGGAGUACAAGGAGCUGCUGAAGCAAUUCCCGCAGUACGGCGACUGCUGCCUGCGUCUGGCGUGCAUUGCCAAGGCCAGGGGCGACACCAAGGCAAGCGGCCAUCUUUGCUUGUUCACGGCUUGCAGCAUCCAAGAGGCAGGUAUGGUACACGAGCAGGUUCUUGACAAGCUGUUAGAACAGACAGACAGCAAGCAGGAGAUGUUUGCCAAGCUGGCUAUGGCCAACUUGCAUGCCUACUCCGCGCCUUCAGACCGGAGAAAGGAGGACAGCGCCAAGAAGGCGGAAGUGCACUAUAGCCAUGCCUUGGAGCUGUACCGCCGCGUGCUGGAGAAGGAUGAAGGCUGCAUUUUUGCUGCCAAUGGAGUGGGCUGCGUCCUAGCAGAGCUUGGCAACUUGACGGCAGCCAAGGAGGUGUUCCUUCAGGUCCAGGAGGCGUCUGCUGCAAGUGAUGGGUUCCUUCGCAUGCCUGACGCGUGGAUCAACCUAGCCAAUGUAUACCUGGCACAGGAGCAGUACACGGCCGCCAUCCAGAUGUAUAAGAACGCGCUGCGAAAGUUCUACGACAACCGCAGCGCUUUGGUGAUGCUUUACCUGGCCAGGGCGCAGUACGAUGCCGACCAGCUGCCAGAGGCCAAGUGCACGCUGACCAAGGCGCUUCACCUGGCGCCCACAGACCACAAGCUGCGCUUCGACGUGGCAGUGACCAUGCAGGCAUGCGUGUUGGAGUGGGCGGUGCGCACCCUGCAGAAGAAGCGGCCGGCGGGCGACCCCUCACGGUACGAGGACUUUCGGCGAGCGGUGCGCGACCUGGAGCAUGCCCACCGCUUCUUCCAGUACCUGCACAGCCUGGGCCGCGGCCACCAGCUGGACACCAGAAAGCUGCAGCAACACAUCAACUUUGUGGCGAAAACGCACGGCAAAGCGCUGGCACAUUUGGAGAGGGCCCGUGAGGAUGCGCAGAAGGCGGCGCAGCGGCAGGCAGCAGCACAGGCUGAGAAGAACGCGCAGGAGACGUCGAAGCGCCUGGCCGAGGAGCGGCGCAAGGCGGAAGAGGGCGUUCAGCGGCGGAAGCAGGAGGAGCAGGCCCGCGGCAAUGUUGAGCGGCUCAGGCAGCUGCAGGAACAGUGGCGCACCAAUGCCACCAUGCAAAAGGCGGUAGCGGCAGGCGAUGCAACGGCGGUUCAAAAGGUCAACAACGAUGCGGCGGCGGCAGCAGUCAAUGCGCAAGUUGAUGCGCUCUUCGCCUCCAGUGAGGAAGACGAGGACUACAAUCCAGAGAACCCGGAUGACUUGCCAGACUUUGACGCCGGCGGCGGUGCGGCGCAGGCAGGCGCGGCGGCGCCUGAGCUUACAGCUGAGCCCGCAGCGGGCGUUGCCGGCGAUUUGGAGGACGAUUUUGACAGUGAUUUCGAUAUGGAUGAGGGCGGCGCGGAUGCAGGGGCAGCAGAGCCACCAGCAAAGCGUGCCAAGCACCAGGCAGUGCUGGACUCGGACGACGAGGUUGAAUAG